AUGACAGGAAUCGUGAAGAACGUUAUUGCAACAGGUACCUCUUCAGGUCUGGGAUUUGAAGCAAUCAAGCAAUUGCUGCAGCAAGCCCAACCAUACAACUUCAUUCUGGGCGCCCGGGACACCACCAAGGCACGGGCCGCAUACGAUGACCUGAAAUAUGACUCCGCCAAGCACAAUGUGUCUAUCCUACCCCUGGACCUCUGGAACCUGAAAAGCGUCAAGGCAUUUGCUGCGCAAGCUCUCACUGAGCUCGGUCAGAACAACCUAGACCUGUUGUUCCUCGUUGCCGGCUCCCUAAACAGUGCCGAUGGACCUGGUCCCUACGGCUCGCAGUGGUGCGAGUCAUACAUUACCAACCACCUGUCUCAACAUUACCUGACCCACAACCUGGCCGAGAAGCUGACUGCCUCAAAGUCUCGGAUUGUAAUUGUUUCAUCCGGUGCAAUUCGCGGACUGAGAGACAAUGACCCCAAGACACUUGAUAUCGACCUGAAGGCUGGAUCUGGUGCAAAUGCCAGAGUUGUAUACAGUAGCUCCAAGUUUGCCCAACUCUUGGGUGCCCACUGGUGGCGUCGCAACCUCCCAACAUGCAGGGUCGUGGCAGUGUCGCCUGGUCUCAUCCCCAACACCAAGCUUGCACAGCACCCCAGCUUGGGACUGACCAUGGACAUGCCUGAUGCCAAGUCUGUGCCCGAGGGUGCCGAGAACCUCCUUCGCGCCGUCAAAGCGGAGGAUUUCCCCGAAGAUCCUGAGCAGAUCUUCUUAACUAGCUGGGGUGAAUGGUGGGCGAAGGCUGUUUACCAGCCCAGUCUUGACCCUGCUUUGCAAGACAAGUGGUGUUUGAGCAAGGAACAGAUCGAAAAAACCGAGCCAAUCUUCCAAGAAUAA